AUGUCUUCUCAGCAGACUAGAGGGAACCAAACCCAGGAGCCGAACAAUGGCGCAACAAAUGCCCCCAGCUCCUACCGCAUGAGCCAAUUGUUGCCCGAUUUGCUGUCCCCGACUCGGGAGACUCGGACUUACGACGAAGGCGCCUUUCUGAGGGGACAUGGCCUAGUCCCCGUCACCGACUUGACCUCUAUGCUUCCUUGCCACGCGUCCAUUCAUGACUCGGACGCAAAGAUCAUUCUCAUCAUCGGCGGACCAGGCGCAGGAAAGAGCACCGUAGCCGCGUCUCUUGCCGCGGAGCUGAACCUCGUUCACAUCGACGCGGCCGCGGUCGUGCGACGCCUGGCCGUCACCGCGCGGCAGCCCGCAUGGAGGACGGUGUGCGACUCAAUGGAGGCCAGCGGGACGCUUCCGAGCGCCGUGCUCGUGAAUGUCAUCAGGCUGGAGAUCUUCCGCAACCAGGGAUUCGGGCAGAAUGUUUUCGUUAUCGAUGGCUUUCCGCAUACGCGGGAGGAGUUUGAUCUGGUGAAUCAGACCUACGAUGUCAAAAUGGCACUUCAUCUCCUCGCGACCCCGGACACAAUGGAAAAGCGGUACAUGCAGAUUAAGAUGACCUUUCAGGAAGGCGAACGGCGUCUGGCGAAGUUCAAUCAUCUGAAGCUCAGGUACUUUGCUUCUCUUGCUGAAUUGACCGGCUACGAGAAGUUCAGCAGCGUCAUGGUCAAUGCCUCUGGCGACGCGGAGUUUCCCGAGUCCUGGUCUUAUGUCAAGUCGGUUGUCGAGGUAAGUGGCUGGAUUCCUGAUUGA